UUUGACGUUUUUACUCGACUGCUAGUUUUUACCGGGGUUUCCAGUGCAUUUAGAUUUAUAUGACAUAAAAUAGAGUGUAAAUUUGCUUGGAAAUAAGAGCUCUGAAUUUUAAUAUAUAACAGGAAUUGAAAAAAGUGAAUCGAUUUGGUGUCUCGUAGUUCGGAGGGAUGUUUUUAACCUUUCGUUGGUUUAGGCCUUGAGGAUUGGACGUUCUUUCUAUUUACGUUAAGUGAGAAAUUAUAAUUUUUAAAAAAGAAUGGGCAGUAGUGGUCAACUUUACAGCCUCUCUUGGGGCGAAUUUGGUUCAUCCUUAGCUUCUGCAGUACAACUUCUCAGAGGUCAUGGAGAUUUAGUUGACGUGACUUUGGCUGCUGGAGGUCGAAGUUUCGCUGCUCAUAAAAUCGUCCUCUCAGCUGCUAGUCCCUUUCUUUUAGAUUUACUGAAGAGUACGCCCUGUCAACAUCCAGUUGUCAUGUUGGCUGGAAUUGGCGCAGAGGAUUUGGAAAGUAUCCUCGAAUUUAUUUAUCGAGGAGAAGUUAGCGUCGAACCUUCACAUUUGCCGUCGUUGUUACAAGCGGCCCAUUGCUUGGGAAUGCACGGAUUACCGCCGCCAACCGUGUUAAAUAAUAGCGCCGAGGAAAGUCCAAUUUCAGCAACGUCAAAAAACGAAUCUCUGUCGCAAGAAUCGCUCAUUUCGCCUCUCGCUGGUCGAAAACGAAGAAAGAGUAAGAGAAGGAAAUCUUCGUUAAGUUCUUCGGGAAAAUUGAGAAAGGUAGAAAUGGAUGAUGCCGGAAACAAAAGUGACACCAACAUGGAUUCUGUACAUUCCGAUUACGAGCAGAGAGAUGAGGAAAUGAGCAGAGAAGCUGGAAUCAAUGAACGCGAAGCAGAGCCAACUCGGCGAGAUCCUUCGCCCCUAAUAAUUCGGCCAGUGGCAGCGAAUGAAAAUCCACAAGCGCAGGAUUCACUUUCCGAUUCCGAAGGUUCACAUCUCCACAGUUUAAUGCCACUCCAGCCGUAUUCGCCUCUCCACAUUCCUCAAUUUCCCGCAUCUCUGGGACUCGGAUUCCCUCCAAUAUCUUCCAUCACUCAAGCCCAAAAUAUCCUCGCAGCUCCAGCGAUUGGCAGCUCGUCUUCUGGGAAAAUAAGGGGCGCCUCCGACUGUCCAGGUGCCUGUCCACUUUGCGGAGCGACUCUGCGACAGGCACGAAACUUGAGAAGACACCUGGUCUCUUCCUGCAAGUACCGACUGAGCAGCUACGCAGGUUUGAGAAAUCAGUCACCCUCGGACUCGAUGAUGAUUGAAAUUAAACCGGAGGUCGAUAUGGCCGGAUUUUCGGCAUCGGAAGGCUUCCGAAUAGAGGAGAGCAAUAGUUGUGAGCAGAUUGUUUGCAAACCGAGUCCACUUCCUUUGACCUCGCCUCACGGAUCGAAUGUCGUCUCGCCAAAUAAGAAUCUCUCUUCUACCACAAUUGCGAGAUGA